AUGGACGGAGACGGCGAAGGAGAAGACGAGAGACGUGGCGGAACCCUAGCUACGCCUUCGCCGGAGGAGGAUGAGGAGGAGAGCGUCCUGCCCGCAACCGACUUUGGUGGCGUCCGUCCUUCCUCGAAACAACAACAACAACCGACUUCUGUCGACGUCGAUGGCAGCGAUAAGUCAGAUGAGGACGACGGGGAUUUGGAGUUUUCCUUCGUGGUCGAGGACUCCGACGCCGCCCCGGACGUCACCGCCGACGAGAUCUUUUCCAACGGAUUCAUCCGCCCCAUCUACCCCGUGUUCGAUCGAGCCCUCCUUUUCUCCCCCUCGACCGGGCCGGCUCCGGCGUCGCGGGGAACCCUAGGCCGCCUCCUGAUAGAAGAGCGGGAGGCGGAGUUGUCCCAUGAACUCGAGGGGAUCCCGCCAGGAAGCUACUGCGUGUGGGCGCCGAGGUCGGUGGCGAAGAGUCCGGGGUCUUCGCACUGCAGAAAGAGCCGAUCCGCCGGAUCCUCCUCCCUCAGGUGGCGGAUCCGGGACCUGGUGGUCGGGCGGAGCCACAGCGACAGGAAGGAGAGGUUCGUGUUCCUCGCGAAGCGAAAGGAGAAGGGAAACCCUGAUCCGGUGGAGGCAGAGAAGGAGGGCGCUAAGGUCACCGAUGUCGAUAUGGUCACCGCUCACCGGAUAUACUUCAGGAAAGACGGCGACGCCGGCAGCCGGAAAUGUGUCCUUCCAAACAGGCAAGAAUUACUUGCUUUCUUUGCUAAUAUGAACUCCAUUACAAAAACUCAUCAUCCUUUUUAA